UCAUCAUGCCAAAAAACAAGGGCAAAGGUGGCAAGAACAGGAAGAGAGGAAAGAAUGAGGCGGACGACGAGAAGCGAGAGCUGGUUUUCAAAGAAGACGGCCAAGAGUAUGCCCAGGUUUUGCGCAUGUUAGGUAAUGGCCGCUGUGAAGCCAUGUGCAUUGACCAGAACAAGAGACUUUGUCACAUUAGAGGGAAAAUGCACAAGAAGGUCUGGAUCACCACCGGCGACAUUAUCCUCGUUGGCCUCCGGGACUAUCAGGACGACAAGGCUGAUGUCAUCCUCAAGUACAUGCCCGAUGAAGCCAGGCUCUUGAAGACUUAUGGUGAGCUGCCGGAUAACGUCAGACUCAAUGAGGGGAUUGCUGGAGAGAUGGAUGAUCAUGAUGAUGGCCAUGGUGAUAGCUAUCUUGAGUUCGGGGAUGACGACAUUGAUCAGAUUUAACUCUAAGGCCAACGAUAGUGAUAAAGCCUAGACCAGAGCUUUUCUUUCAUCCUGAACCAUUUUUGCUAUUUUCAAUGCCAAACUCGUUUGUUUUAAGCUCGUUUCUGCGCAUAUUCAGACCUGUUUCAGCAUUAGGAGGAAAUGCACGUACUCGGAGCCUGCAUCACAAUGUCCCACACUCAGUUUGCCUUUCUGCU